UCGUACUUCCGGUUUGAAUUUGUAAACAUGGCGGUGACAGAUGACGAUAUCAUAAAGCGCCGUCUGCUGAUUGAAGGAGAAGGGGGAAACGAUGACAAGAGACUGAACAACCUUCUGAAACAGUUCAUCCGCUGGUGCAAUUCCCCCGAUGAUGAAGAGAGUGGCAUCGUGUACCAGCGCAUCAUGUCCAUGUUGGCCCAGUGUGAGUUCACUAUGGAGAAGUCCCUGCUGGUGUACGAGAUGAACCUCCGGGAACAGGAGCACUACGACCAGCUCAGUCAGGACAUUGAAAAAAAAAUCAAGUCAGCCACAUCUCAGAUUGCUGAAUGUAAGACAGAAUUGCAACAGGCCAAGAGGAUACGCAAAAACAGACAAGAGUAUGAUUCCUUGGCCAAAGUUAUACAGAAACAUCCGGACAGACAGGACACCACGAGACAACUUCAGAGUUUGGACAAAGAGCUGACAUCACAGACUGAGACCAAGCAGAAACUGGAAGAAAAGUUGGAGUUGCGGAGAAAGCAGUUCCUGGUGCUGAUUACGGCAAUACAUGAGCUGCAGAGAAUACUGGACGAGGAUGAAAAGGCAGAGGAAGCAAUGGAGACUGGAUAGAAUGGAUCACACAUCAUUGUCAUCUCAACUAAUCAUGUUAUCAAGAGGCAUUCAGAUUUUAGCCUACAUUUCACUGACAAAAAAUCAGAAAUAUCAUUGUUCCACCUAAGUAAUAAAGAUGUCACAUUUUUCUUCA